GUACGCGUACACUAUGAGUGAGUACGGCUACACCCCUCUGAGUGAACCUUUCGAUGUCUUGGGAUUCGAUUUCUAUCAAGACGUCGAGCGAAAGAGCUCCAGUAUAACAGUCGAGUGCACUGCAUCUGGGGACAUCCACGGCAUAGUACUGUGGAUGGCCUACCAAAUGAACGAUGAUCCUGACAGUAUCGUCAGCGAGUCAGUCGUAGCAGCACCGUAUCUGAAGCAGGCUGCUUUUGUCACUCGGUCGCCACCCACGGUACAAACAGGUACGAAGAUGGUAUUUGACGCCGACUUCAAUGAGAAGGAGGGGGAGAUGAGCUUUGAUUUGUCUAUGGCCUGAGGCAGAGGCAAGACUUCUCAUCACUGAAAUAAGGGACUAAAACCCUAAACCCUGUCCCUAGAUCCUUGAAGUUCGAUACCCAACGCGAUUUCACUAACAAAGAGAAUCAUGUUAAGUGGCAACGGAAGACUGGUUUACUAGACCCUAUACCCUAACUCUAAACCCUACAACCCUAAAGCACCUAGCGUAAACCGGGUAUUUGAAAAUCCUUUAUCACUGUUGUCGAUAGCCCUUCGCUUCUCCGACUUGUAUGCGAGAAUUUUGCAAAAUAAAUUAUUGUAGAAAUAAAAUUCGAUACGAA